AUGUUGCUCGCAGCCCUUCCUCUGCUUUUCGCUGUUGCGAGUGCAGCCCUGGUGAAGCCCGUCGACCCUCCAGCGUCGAACUAUGCUGGAGCCACGAGUUCUGCAGUGUUCCCUCCACCAGGUGCCAGUGGCAGCGCCCUCGCUUCGUACUUUCCAGGCGCUAGCGAGGUAGGCUAUCCCGGUCCGACCCCCACCGGAGACGAGGCCGCAGCCAUCGAGACCGCCCCUCCCUCCUACAUGGAAAGCGUGUACCCGCUCUCGGACCCCCUCCCCUCCGGGCCAGAGACGCCCGGGUUCGACGUGAUCCGCUACUGGGGCAACCUCUCGCCGUGGUACUCCGUGCCGUCCGCCGCGCAGGGCCUGCCCUACGCGUCCCCGCAGGUCCCCACGAACUGCAGCAUCACCCAGGUGCACCUCCUCCACCGCCACGGCGCGCGGUACCCGACCUCUGGGUCCGGCCCGGCGAAUUUUGCAGCGAAGCUGCAUGCGAGUGUAGUCAAUGGCACGGGGUUCAAUGCGUCGGGCGCUUUGGCGUUUCUGGCGAGCUGGGAGUACAAGCUGGGUGCUGAGAUUUUGACUCCGUUCGGCCGCGAACAGAUGUAUGACUUGGGUGUAGGCUUCAGAGUCAAAUACGGGAAGCUCUUGAAGGGAUUCACUCAGCUACCCGUCUUCAGGACUACAUCUGAAGACCGCAUGCUCAAUUCUGCGCUGAAUUUUGCUGCUGGUUUCUUCGGAGCACAAACUUUCACUCAAGACUACUACCAGUCCAUCAUAAUCGAAGCAUCUGGGUACAACAAUACCUUGGCGCCAUCGAACGCUUGCCCGAACAACAAUGGGCCUAUCGGGAGUAUCGGAGAUUCUUUGGAGAAUGACUGGAUUGCCAUCUAUCUAACCCCUGCUCUCGAGCGGAUCUCUCCGUUUUUGCCGGGGCUGAAUCUGACUGUUUCCGACAUUUACUCGAUGCAGCAGCUUUGCGCGUAUGAGACUGUUGCCUUGGGUUUCUCCGAUUUCUGCGGUCUCUUCACUCAGGAAGAGUGGGAGGGGUACGAAUAUUCCAAUGACAUCUCUUUCUGGUACAACAACGGUCCCGGUAACCCGACAUCUGCGGCCAUGGGCCUUGGCUGGGUCGGAGAACUGGUGUCGCGUCUUACUCAGGAGCCCAUCACGGGUCCAUUGGCAGAAGUGAAUACUACACUCGCCAACGAUGCGACAUUCCCCCUCAAUCAGCCCAUCUAUGUGGACGCUAGUCACGACACAGUUAUCUCCGCCAUUUUGACUACGAUGAACAUGACGAGCAUGACAAGGACUGGACCCUUGCCGACCGAUCACAUUCCAUACGAUAGGUCCUAUAUUGUGAGCCAGAUUGCGCCUUUCGGCUCAAACCUGGUCGGGCAGGUGCUCUCCUGUCCCGCGUCGAGCACGCCGACGCACAUCCGGUGGAUCCUGAACGACGCGGUGCUCCCUCUGACCGGUAUCCAGGGCUGCGCGGAGGACGCGAACGGCCUGUGCGAGCUGUCUACGUUUAUCGCUGCUUACAAGCAGCGGCUGACGGAGGUGGAUUACGAUUUCGACUGCUACGCCAGCUAUACGACGCCUAGCCCGGAUGCGAUCUUGGACGGGCAGUUUCCUGCCUAUCUGAGAAACGGUACUGUUUAG